GACAAACACGUUUUCCCUGUACGAUGGGCGAUUGCAGUGUCGUUUAUCGCUGAUGUAAAUAGUUGUAUAUUUCGCAUGGUACCUGAUUAAUUGUUACAAUAUAUACUAGUUUACAUGCGUGCAACAAUAUGCCUAUAUCAAGAAAAAGGUCCAGUAAAAGGUCUAAUACCGAGACCAAAAAUAAUUUGAUUGGAGAUGUUACUAUCAACGAUUUCGCUAAUUCUUCACGAAUCCAUGCAAGACCGAAAAAGGCAUCGAUCGGUGGAUCUGUUGAUUAUGUGGAACAAAAAGUGACAAUCGAUGAUGAAGUUUGGAAUGAAACAGAUCAAUCCUAUGAUUUACAUUUACCUGAUACAGAUAAUUUUAAAAAGAACAGUGAAGGAUUGACUCAUCAAGUAAGACAUAAAAAGACAGCAAUUUAUUCUAUAAAUGUGGAAGAAAAAGAAGAAGAAGUAGGUAUAGAUUAUCCACUCGAUGUAUGGUUUAUUAUAUCAGAGUACAUUUGUCCAGAGGCUGUAGGUAAAUUUGCACGAAUAUGUAAAAAUUCUUAUCAUGUAACUAAAACUGGCAAAUUUUGGUUUCAUUUAUAUAAGACUUACUACAGACCUAUACCUGGUUUACCAGAACGUCUUCAGCCACAAUGCAUGGUCCGCAUGCAUGGAUUGCGUGCUUGUGUUAUUAGAACAUUACAUUACAUCUAUUUUGCUUCAAAAAAAGGCAUCGACAAUGUUUCCUAUUAUCGACAGGAAGACCUCUUCUCAUUGGCCCAUUAUAGACUUCAUUCUCUCGUAAAACGAAAAUGUUGUUUAAUGUGGCAUAAAAAGGAAAAGCUAGUGUGGUACUUCUACUUUAAAUUGAAAGAAAUACCAAAAUCGAGCAGAAAUUCAAUGAAAGAGAAGCCUAAACUAAAUGGUAGAAAGACAGAUUUUAUUGAAAUGUUGGAAGAUGUAGCUGUAAAUCCAGAACAAGGCUGUAAACUACUUAGGGUAGCCUGUCAGAGGUAUAGCAUGCUACCACAAGUAACUGGAUUAAUUCUACAGAAGGUGGCGAUAUUAAAGCAAGGUAUAUACCAAUUACAGUUGGGUUUUGGAACGUCGGAUGUUCCUAAUACAUUAACGCAUCAAGUCAUAUUAAACGACGUUGUUGAUUGUCAAGUUCUGAAUUGGUGGCAUCCAUCUUAUCCCCAUCAAGAUACGGUUACUACCAUUGAAUUACCGCAGAACGAUUCAUGGGAUCAGAAUAUACUGUAAAAUAAUUCCAUACUUUACCUUAAAAGAAAUAAGACAUAAGUAUGACUUGUAUAAUAUAGUGGCUGUGUAAAUAACAAUAUUAAAUAUCUGUUAAGUAAAUUUGAA